GAUUGGCGCUUUCUGCUUCUGGCUGUUGAACAUGUCCUGGAUAUAUUAAAUAUUGCAUCCUCUUUCAAAUAUGCAAGUCAUACUCAAGCAAACAUGAUUUCCGAAAUCCUACCUUCGUGGUUUCCAAUAGCGGCGUCUAUCCUACUUGUCCUAGUGGAAGUCUUUUUUCUGCUUAAGGAUACCGUCAAAUCUGUGAAGACCAAUCAAAGAUGUGCCUCAGCCCUACUGAGGACUCUUCACGACUUUUCAAAUGGAAAAUACUACAAUCCAUGGGGAGCCCAGCCAAUUGUUAUUGAGCCUACGGCAAAAAAGAUGACUGAGCUGAGCGAUACGCCUUUGCUGUCCCAGCGGGCCGUGUAUGCGGAUUUGUUUGGAUUUAAGAGCACUCUAAGCAAUUUCAAUCACAAUGAAAUAAAUUCUAGCCGAUCCCGACUCUUUGGAUUGAUCCUCAGUGUUAGAGGAGGGGGGCAUCUACGCAAUCUCUCCGCUUUGCUGCAGAGGCGAGCGCAGAAAUUCUUAGACAACGAGCUAAGUCAACGACCAAUUCACUCCAGCGAGCCCAUUCAUGUUGGGCUGGCAGAAACAUGCAAAUUGUUUAAUUCUCGGCUGAUGGCAGUAAUAUUCUUUGGCGAGAAACUAGCCUCAGAUCCGGAAUUCGCAGCGGCCCUCUUCCAGCAUCCUCUACAGACUGUUACCUGCAUGAGCCUUUUCCAAAUAACUCCUUCGUUUCUCUCCCCGUUGAUUCAUGCCAUUGUAACGAAACGUGGACAAGCAAUGAAGCUUAUACAAUCCAAAAUGAUUCCAAUCAUACAGAAGGGAGUGAAGGAUUGGGAUGAGCACUCAAGCAAGGAAGAUACCAUCCUCUACAGCAUGAUGACAGAAACAGAGGACAAAAGAGCCUACUGGACUCCCGAAGCGCUUUGCCAAGCCAUAAUGGGUCUUUGGUUCGCUGCCUCACAUCAGCCCUGGGUUAACCUGUAUAUUUUCAUUUACCAGCUUUGCUGCCAUCCCGAAUGGCAGGUCAUCCUCCGCGAGGAACUCAGAACAAUUGAAAAUAGGAUGGAUAUUGAUAGCAUUAGCAGUCUGCCUCUUCUAGAUAGCUUCAUGCGCGAGUGUGCGAGAGUCUACUGUCUUGACAAGCUUGCUAUCCGCCGAAAGGCCAUGCAGGAUUAUACCUUUGCCUACGAUAACACUACGGUACCAGCAGGAGCUACUGUCUGCGUCUCUAACUGGAACGUGACCCGUGACGCCAGUACAUACCCAAAUCCCGAUAGCUUCGAUGGAGCUCGCUUUGUGAACGGGAAAUCCUAUGACCGAACUAAAAUGUUCGCGGAUGUAUCAGAGAAGCAUCUGAUCUGGGGCUACGGAUCGCUCGCUUGCCCGGGCCGACUUCACGCAACAUAUGUUAUGAAAUUGAUGAUUGCGUCUUUUAUUACUCGAUGGGAUAUUAAGCUCGAGAGGGAGGACAUGCGUAGUCACUGGAUGUAUGAAUCAUUUAGUAUGCCUUACCAGUCUACAGCUGUCAUCCUGCAGCCUCGAUCAAAUCCAAUCGCUGUAUAGUUUAGCCAUCCCGGAAAGGAUCAGAUGGGACUUGGAAGCUCCCGAGGUUGGUAACGAAGCAUAGUCUAG